AACGUCAGGCAAUCAGCUGUGCGCAUCUCGGUAAUCUCGCGCGUCUCAGCGAACGUCUCUAUCUCCGUACGCUAUUGUUAUCGCGUCGUGACGAAAAUUCGUCCUCUGUGUGCUUUGUGUCACGCGAUACGAGUCGACUCGAGGGGAGCGAUCGGGAGUUUCGGGUAUCGGCGACCGUUUUACGACGCUCGGUCGCGGCAAGCGAAUCGCCGCAGCUAUGUAUUGUCUCGGCGGGCAGCGGGGCAUGACGGGAACAGGUGACAAUAGACACGCGCCAUGUUAGAUUUUACGAGAUCGCGAAACGCGCGCCGCUGCUGCUGCUGCCGCCGCGGCCGCCGCCGCUGCUGCUGCUGCUGCUGCUGCUGCUGUCGCCGCCGCCGCUGCCGCUGUCGCUGCCGCUAGUUGCUACUACCGUUGACUACUACUCUCCCGUGUUAGUACCGUGGGGAAAAAGUGAGAGAAAGGGAAGGAGGAGAUUUACACUUUGUUUUCUCGGCUAUCGCGCGCGCUGUUUUCCUCGCGACGGUGAUCCACACGAAAAUCAUCCAAGCUGGAUAGGUUACCCGAGUAUCUCCGCGAUACCGUGGACUGGUUUAUGGGAUCGACGAUGACCGAUUUUUCGCGCACAUUCUCGUAAACGAGAUCGAUUGUCUUCCAAGGAGUGUCUUCCGCACCUUCUGUCGUCUUCCCGCGAGCUAUUUCUUCUCGAAUCGAUUAAGCCGAGCAUCAUUGUGCUAUACGUGAAUUCUCAGACUUGGUGAGACUAUGAAAGCAGCAAACGUGAGAUCGAAAAUAAAUUCAGUUAAGCUGUUUUUAAGUCGAAAGAAUCAUUCGAGGAUUCCUGGGAAUCACACACAUGCACAUUCGGAAGAAUCUUGAAAUUAUUAGAAAAGUCAGGAUAUCUCAAAAAGGACUGAAAAAAUAAUAUUAUUCCUAGGAAAAUCAAGAUCUAUACGGAGCGAAUCCAUGUUUGAAACUUACGAAUAUUAAGGACAAGUGAGUCUUUUCAAAAGGGAAGAAAAAGAGAGCAAAAUAAAUAAAGAAAUAUUAUCGUAUUAUUAAAAAUAUAAAAAAUUCAUCCAAAGAUCUUAAAUCAUUCACUUGAAGUGAAUAAGUAUCAAGCGGCGACUUUUCUCUUUUCUAAAUCAUUAAAAGAAUACAUAAAUCCACGAUCGAAUCAAAGAUCAGAAGAGAUUUUUCGCUCUCCUACCACCUCGGAACAUCGUUGGAACAUUCCGUCCUCGAUACCCGGAAUAAUUAUUUAGAGACGCUCGAAGAUAGAUUCUCGCGAUCCCCGCAACCUCCUGCGAUCUCGAGAGGAUCCGGGAUAAGCGUCCCGGCACGUGCUUGCCAGAGUUCGAUGACAAUUGAACAAGAUUUGGUGCCUACCCAGCGUGCGUGAGCGGAUCCUCAGGCACGAGGGCGGCGCGCCGAGGAGAUCGUUCUCGACGACGACGAUCACGACGACGACGACGACGAUGCUGCGUUCGCCGGCGCGCGGCGCCGUCACCGUCCUGAGGGAGCCUUCCUCGGCCUCCGCCGCCGUAGCGGUCGCGGCGGCCGCGGUGGCGUCCUCCGCCACUACCGUCUCGGCGCCGCCGACGCCGGUACACCACGGCGGCGCCGGCACCGGUGCUGGUAGCUCGAGCAGCGCCUCCUCCUCGCGUCUCUCCCUGCUCGACACCUGCCACAGGAAGAUCAGGCUCUUCGGCGAGCUAGUCGCAAAAGCCAGACGAAAGGAGAAAGAUGCGGGAGCCACGGAGGAUCCUAAACUGUACCUGGAGGAGGCCGCUCUCGAGAGACAGUUGCCGGAGUUGGACCUGAGAAUGCUCGUGGAUUUACCUCCUGGUCUGGACUACAACGAGUGGCUGGCGUCGCAUACCCUCGCACUAUUCGAUCAUAUUAAUCUCGUCUACGGCACGAUAUCCGAGUUUUGCACCAUGACGGGUUGUCCCGAUAUGACCGGUCCCGGGUUAAGAACGUAUCUAUGGUUCGACGAAAAAGGGAAAAAAACGAGAGUGGCAGCACCGCAAUAUAUAGAUUAUGUUAUGACAUUUACGCAACGCACCGUUAGCGAUGAAACUAUAUUCCCGACAAAAUACGCAAACGAGUUUCCGAGUUCGUUUGAGUCGAUAGUGCGUAAGAUCCUGCGGCUACUGUACCACGUGGUGGCACACAUCUACCACUGCCACUUCAGGGAGGUGGCGCUUUUGGGGUUGCAUGCUCACCUCAAUUGUGUGUUCGCCCACCUCACGCUCCUUAAUCAACGCUUCAACCUUAUAGAUCCCAAGGAAACGGAGAUCCUGGGGGACCUAGAGGCCGCCCUCUUGGGUGACUCGACAUCCGCGCCUUCGCAGACCUUAGCCAUCCAGGAGACUCCGACCUCCACAACCACUACCAAUACCACCUAGAUCGCCGCGAUGCGUAAUAGCAUGCGAGCAGAGGUUGCAGUUCCUGAGAUUAGGUGACGAUAGGUGAUUCGUUUGUUCGUUCGGUUUCUAUUUGCCUUCAUUUUAUUCUUUUUAUAGACCACAUGCGAAAAAAUAGAAUUUAUUACGAUACGAUCGGAUGGUGGAUGAUAAGAGAAAAAGAGAGAGAGAGGGGGAGAGAGAGAAAGAAAGAAAGAUAGAGAAUGAGAGAAUGCGGCGAUUCUGUAAAAACAAAGAAAAAAAGAUACCAGUAGUACCUGUACAUAGCAAAGUGUGAACAACUACAUGAUGUAAUUAGGUUUCUCCGUUUGUUGUUUGUGAGAUUGUACAUAAUUUAUUAAAUAGUAAGAUAUAUAUAUACAUAUACAUAUAUAUAUAUAUAUAUAUAUAUAUAUAUAUAUAUAUAUAUAUAUAUACGAGAGAGAGAGCGAAAGCGAGAAAAAUAACGAGUGAGAAUGAAAGAACGAAAGCGAGCGAGAGAGAGCGCGAUAGAAAAAAAAACGAGUAUUGAUUAUUAUUGACAAAGCUAGUUGCUAUAAGAGAUUUGUUCUGUAAAAAUGAUACAAUAAUAAUAUUGUAAAGUUAAAAUAAUACCAAAUAUAUACCUGGUGUUAAGGCA